CAGCAGAAGGAAGUGCGUUUCAUAGGUUUAACGUUCGCUGUGGUUGGCUUCAGAUUUUCGUGACUGUUAGCGAACCGGUUCUGUGAAGUUGGUUGUACAUAUUUUGGCAGAGUACCAUGCGGCUUAUGUAAUACAGUUUAGUGUGGAAAAUUUUCCAGAUUCAGAAGACACAUACAAAGGGAUGUUUGAAAAACUAGUGGAUUUUGAUUGUGGCUGUGAAAAAGUGUAACACUGAAAAUGCGUGAUAAUUUCAUGCUGUUGAUGGGGACGGCGUGUGCCCUCAUCUGUCUGCAAGCUGUGCGGUCGGAUUUGAACGAGGUGGAUGAUGUUGACUACGACGAGGAAGGAUUUUGGAUCGGUCAUGGACUGGGAAGCAGGAAAGAUGGUGAUGAAAUUCUCAAGGUGAUGUACAAGUCGGUUGGUCCAUUCAGUGAGCCUCAGAACGUGACAGUGGUGGAGAAAUUUAGCGCUGGCGAAGGCGAGAGCAUUACUUUUACACAGUUUAAUUCAUCAAAGGUGCUCACGUAUUUCCGAGAAAUGGUUCUGGACUUCAACCCAAAGAAUUUCUACAUCAAACUAAACCUGUACAAUAUUACGAAACUAAGGCUGCAAAGAACAGUGUACGGUUACAGAUCAAAUUCCGUCAAGAGGCGAAAUGCACUUUAGCUCGUCGUUUCAGCUUUUACUGAUUUGUAGAGUAACAAGUUAAUAGAAUAGUACGACGAUUGUAAAUUUACUUCUAUUGAUAUCUUUAUAAUUUUAAGUAAUUACUCCAUAGAGUUAACCGUUUUUGAAAAACGUUCACCACACUAGACCUAAAAUACCAAAAACGAUUUACUUUUUGAACUGUUGCUAGUAUAAACUAUGUUUGUAUUCUGCAAAAAUACUACAACUCUACAGUAUUUCAUAAUAUUUACAUGAACCAUAAAUGACAGUUUCACUGUACAAAAUGAAUCACUAGUUUAUCUAGCAGGAAAAUAUACCUCACGUUGAGCAUCCCUACUCUAAAUGGAUUAUCCAGUCAGAGACGAUAAUUGAUAUCCACUAUUGAAAUUAUGUCGUGUAAACACUCGAAAAGACCGUUGAUAUCAACCGUGACAAAUCCUAUUGACUGUAUUAGUUAUGAAAAUAAGCCAGCACAGACAAUGCCGAUUAUGUCAAUCAAUUGCUAAUGACUCCACACAAUAAGCUAGCCGACUAAAUAUCAUAUCAUACACAUGGAGUGCAUUGAUAGCCAAUUACCCAAGUGGAUGACAAUUGACGAGCAUGUACGUUCGAUGGAAAGGUGCUAAGUUCCAAUGCAAAUAUGAUACCCACCAACCGACUCCACACCGACAUUUAAUUGUAAGCGUCCUCAUUCAUCUGCACCUCCCAUAUCGAUGAGUGUAUGAUGGUCGAGCCGGAUAUCACUUUAACGGCGUUCAUUAUUGUCAACACACGAUGGAUAUGAUUAUGCAAAACUUAGUUUUAUUUUUUUCGUAAUGUCAUCGAGUAUGUAGCAAUCCACUAGACAUAUAAAAACCAGAAAAGUGAAAGAUGCAAAUAUAUGUAUUAUCAUUGACGAGCGAUUAUGUGGCGAA